CACAAUGGCGGAUGCCAAUGCGGCAGUAGCUGUGGUGACAGUUUCAUUGGUUCUUUUAGGACUUUUAUCGGGACUAAGCGUUUUGUGGGCUCUUCUGCCGGUAGCUGUAGUGGUGCUUAUUUUUGUACUUGCCAGUGGACUUAAGGGACGAGAUGAACUUGCCCAUUUGAACGUUUGCGUGCUGGUGCUGGGAGAUAUUGGGCGCAGUCCUCGCAUGCAGUAUCAUGCGCUCUCUCUCAGCAAACAUGGAUACAAUGUCACCAUAAUUGGCUUUCUCGGAACUAAACCUCAUCAAGACAUUCUUGAGGAUGACAGAAUAGACAUUCUUCCCAUUUCAGAGCUAAAGGGGCUUACAGUUGGCCCCAGAAUUUUCAGGUAUGCUUCAAAGGUGAUACUCCAGUCUUUCCAGCUGCUCUAUGUCUUGAUGACGAUUGAGGACCAAGGCUAUAUUCUUAUGCAGAACCCUCCUGGACUGCCGGCUAUAGCGGUGACAUGGGUGGCGAGUCGUAUCAGGGGAAAUCAGUUUAUCAUAGACUGGCACAACUAUGGAUACACCAUUAUGGCUCUCACUCAUGGGGAAAAUCAUUUAAUUGUUAGGUUGGCAAAAUGGUACGAGAAGCUCUUUGGAUGUCUCUCGGAUCAUAACUUGUGUGUCACUAGUGCAAUGAAAGCAGAUCUUUGUAAGAACUGGAAUAUUGAGGCAACCACAUUAUAUGACAAACCACCCUCAAUAUUUCGAGAAACACCUUUGAAACUUCAACAUGAGCUGUUUGUCAGAAUGGGAAGUGCUUAUCCACCAUUUAGGCCUAGUUCUGCUGUCACUAAGGAGUACAUGGAACUGACAGCCUUCACAGAGCGAAACACUCAGACAGGAGCUGUGACACACUCUGCUGGACGACCUGCUCUACUUAUCAGCAGCACCAGCUGGACUGAGGAUGAAGACUUCUCAGUUCUGUUACAAGCACUUGAAGAGUAUGAGAAAUUUGUUGAGACCGAGAACAGACUCCCUUCGCUGGUUUGCGUGAUUACAGGGAAAGGUCCUCAGAAGGAGUAUUACAAGAAGCUGAUUGACUCCAGGGAAUUUCAUCAUGUCAAGAUCUGCACUCCAUGGCUGGAAGCUGAAGAUUAUCCUGUUUUACUUGGUUCUGCUGACCUUGGGGUCUGCUUGCACAAAUCCUCCAGUGGUCUUGACCUUCCAAUGAAAGUGGUUGACAUGUUUGGAUGUUGCCUGCCAGUCUGUGCCAUACACUUUGAGUGCUUGCAUGAGUUGGUGAAACAUGAGGAAAAUGGGCUCAUUUUCAAAGACUCCAGUGAACUCGCUGAACAGUUAAAGCUUCUGUUUUUAGAUUUCCCUGGUGAUCAGGGGAAACUGGGCGUCUUCAGGAAGAAUCUACGGGAAAGCAGGCAGCAGCGAUGGGAUGAGAACUGGGACCAAAACGUUCUGCCACUUAUUAAAGAGCACUGUGACUGACCGUUGAGACCGAUGGGAUUUUGUAGCAUGCUCCCAAAUCCUUUGACAAACAUUCACUAGAAAGUUACUGUCAGGUAUUCGCACAGGGUACAUUUUUAAGCUAACUGUCCCCACGUCAGGACAAACAGCAUUCCAGCAACGCCAAAUGGGAAAGACUUGAAUAUGAGAAUAAAAAGCACACUGUCACUGUAAAUAAUAUGUAAAUAAAUACUUUAUUAUAAAGAAA